AUUUUAUUUAAAUCCAUCACUUGAUUAACGCCGUAUCUUACUCAAUUGUACGAUUACUUUUUAUCGACUGUGCAUUUAAUACAAUUCGAUCAAGUUCCAUAAUGUCUUAAUAGAGUACGUGGUGGAUACAAUUUAAAUAGAAUGAAAGCUGAUGAAUUAGAAUCCUUACAUCUUCCCUCGAGGGGUCAUAGUAGCAGAUUUGAAAGUCCAGUUUCAUCAAAAUUCAAGCUCAGCAGCACAGGAAAGACACGCAAGAUUGCCGGCAAAAACCUAACCUCAGUUAUUUUACAAAAUCGUCAGAGUUAUCGCAUAAUAGAAGAUGACGUCGAUGUUACUCCAAAGUUAUUAACCCAUCCAAUUUAUAGUUCAAUCGAUGAAAAGCAAAUAACUGCAUUUGAAGCAAUUGGAUUGUCCCAAACCGCCAGCAUCGGACAACUAUCUAUCAUUUCCGGUAUAAAAAGUACAUCUACAAUUAUCAGAACAUCCUCGCUUCCUUCUGGCACUGUAGUAGCUGAUGAUAUCUUAUUUGAAAGUUUAUUAUCUACUCAAAUUGAUGAAUAUAUAAAUGAAAAAGAAGAAGCUCCUCCUCAAUUUUAUCUAUCUAGUGACGAUCCAAAUAUUUUUUUGACUCGACCUGAAAGUGUAAAACUCUGUUUGAAAGAAACAGAGACCUUUUUUAUUUUUGAAUUACAACCUCGGGUAGCUGAUUUACAUACACCGGAAGGUAUAAAAGUUCAAAAAGAAAAUGAGAAUUACGAAUAUAAAACAAUUGGACCUGGUUCACAUAGGAAAUUAGUAGAGAUUGAAACUCAAACUAUACAGAUACUUAUGAGAUCUCGAGGAACGUAUCUUAGUAGAAAAAGACGUGUAAAUGAGGGAAUGUUCGUAAAUAAUUGGGUGAUACAUGAUACAUAUGCUGAACCUGAAUUGAUACUCGAAAAAAAUGGUUUAUUUGUAGUACAUAGAAAGGAAUCUAUACAAAAGAUGUUAGAAGCGCAGAAUUUGAGAUCUAAAUUACCAAAGUCUGAAAUAGUCGAGAUGCCUACCCUUCUUCAAGAGCAGAUAUAUAUAUUCCAGCACGAUAAUUUUCGGAAUGCUGUGCGAAUAAUGGAGAGUAUAAUAUCGCACAACAUUUUCAUUGAUGCUCAAAAACGUUUUACCGGUUUAAUCAAGCAAGAUCCAUGUAGCCUUGAUUUAGAGUUCACAUAUAGUCUGGAUCUUCUUUGGAUUCAUAGCUCUGAAGAAACUUUGGGAAGGCCAGUAGCUUCUUUGCGUUGGAAUUAUGUUAACAGAAGCAUUUUAGCUGUAGGAUAUGGAGCGCGAGAUAAUUCAGAAAUUAAAAAUGGCCUAGUUUUUCUUUGGUCUGCGAAAAAUCCUGGCAAUCCAGCACGUCGAUAUUUUUUCAAUACUCAGGUAUCAGAUCUCGAUUGGAGUCGUGAUCGACCAAAUUUACUCGCUGUUGGCUUUUAUAAUGGCGAAAUCCUGGUAAUCGAUGUGAGUAAACCAGACAUCAAUAUUAUACGACGAAGUCAAAAGAGUAUAAGCUCUUCAAAUUCUCCGCACUGGCAAGUUCAAUGGUGGCCAGGUGAUGAACAAUAUGAUUUCGAAGAACAAAUUUAUACAUGUAAUGAAGAUGGUUGCAUUUUCUGUUAUCGAUAUGUCGAAGAUUUUGUUUCGAUGACAAUUAUGAAAGUUUUUAGAAUAGAAGGAACAUUGCCAGGUGUUAAGAGAACUGUUCAAUGUGACUUUUUCGGUGUAUCUAUUAGUCGAAGUCCUGGCGCAUUAGUAUUACAAAAGCAUCCUACUUUGAGUAAUAUCUAUUUUAUUGGUUCAGAUGAAGGUUGUAUUUAUAAAUGCUCAACAAAUUAUUUAUAUCAAUAUAUAGAUAAUUUUCUAGCGCAUGAUGGACCAGUUUAUUCAAUGAUGUUUUCUCCAUUUUGUGAAAAAAUAUUUUUAACCUGUGGCGCUGAUUGGUGUAUUCGAAUUUGGGCAGAAGGGCUAACAGACCCAUUGAUCACUUUGUCUACGACGAUGGCAUGCGUUCGAUACGCAGUUUGGUCUCCAAUUCAUUCCACGAUUAUAGCGAGUAUCGUCAACAAUGAAAUCUGCAUAUGGGAUAUUAGACGGAAAAUAUACAAACCUGCCUCAGUGACAAUAUCACCUAAUAGCGCUAGAUUUGUUAUGAUUAAUUUUACGGCGAAUGGUAAUCAACUUGCAGUAGCGAAUAUAGAGGGUGCCGUAUAUUUAUAUAAUCUCGAAGGAAUGCCAUUUCCUCCUUAUAAUCAGCAACGUGUGUUGAUAGAUUCAAUCAAAAGAGCUCUGGUUACGAAACCAAUAAUUUUAAAAAACUUGAAGAAACUUGGAUCACCAUUUUCAUAAAAAGAAAAUAAGAUUAUAUUAUUUUUAAUUAUAAUCUUACUUCACACUAGUAUAUAUAUAUUAUAAUAUUUUAUCAUAAAACAAGCAUUUGAAAGCAUUUUAUAUUUAAGUUGCCACAAUAUAAUGCUGCUAUCUCGUAUUUAUCUCGUGUAUCGUGACUUUUAAUCGUAUUAUUUAUGAAGGAUAGAUAUGACAUUUUGAACUUCUUUAUCGACUGUGCAGCCGCGGGCUAAAUCCAGCACGUGGGGACCCCUUUCGGUCCCCCGAAGCGUGCCCGAAGGGUCUUGCGUGAUUCGCGCAAAGCACGGAAAGCAAAGCAACCAUUUCGAUUCAGGAUGGAACUGUAGUGCCGGGACCCACUCUGAGGCCUGGUAGGCAAGUCGGCACGGAUGGCUGGCUGGCUUGCUUGGAGGAGUUGCAGGAGAGUGCCAUGGUAGAGGGGCUUCCCUGGCUGCUGCUGCUUGCGGGCACAAACCGCGCUACCGCCGUCAGCAGGCAGUCUUAUUACGCCCGCACUCAACUACGCGAACUAAGUACUCUUCUUAGGCCGGAAACAUAAUAAAUAAUUAUUACGGGCCUAAUAUAACGCGUGAUUUCGGACUAUAUAUAUAAUGGUGUUCGUUUCGCGCUAAAAAUUACGAAUCUUGUACAUCUCGAAAGAUACAAGACUGUUUUUUGCAUGUUGAUCCAACGUUCGGUUCCAGCGAGGAUUCGCAUUUUUAAGUCGACAAAAUCGAUCUCGAAAUCAGUUAGAAAAUCGAGCCGAAAGACGGCGAAGAACUCUCGAGUUCGAUUGGUCGGCAAGGACCUGUUGCCUGGUCAGAGGUAACUUUAGAACGCUUUUUUCUUCGAUUCGUUGUAUCGAUAAAACAUGUUUCUGUAUGGAAAUAUUUUCUCGAUGUUCUUUUUUUUUUAAUCUUCCUUUUUAAAAGUAUAAUUUUGUUAUUUUAUCGAUACAUGCGAAUAAAAGUUUUAAAAUAAU